AUGGCGACGCGAGAGGAAGGGAGGCGUCUUUAUCGCCGGCCGAGGAGACCCGCCAAGAAGUCGGUCGGCAAACAGUUUCGUUCGAGGAGACCGCCGCUCGACUCUUCAUCCUUGAGUGCUACAUUGCCGUCCGACACCUCGUUCAUUCGACCAUUUUUCUCCUCUUUUCUCAAAGUUUUCAAGGUUUUAUAUAUAUUUUUUUCCUUGAAAUCGUUAUCAUUUUUAUUUAUCAAAGUUGGUUUUUAUUUUCUUUGAACAUUUUCAAUGUGAUGGAACAGCGUUUUUAAAUUUUUGUAGUUAAAACGAAUCAAAUUGAACUUUAUUGGCGCGGUCAUCUUGUGAAGUUGAGAUUAUAAUAGCUUCGAAGCUGUAUUUCUUCUUCAAAUUGUUUUUAACGUGUUGAGUCAUUUGUCAGGCUCAUCACUUGUCUUCAUAGACCUAACCACGGCAGUCGAUCUCGCGGAGACGUCGCAAAGCUCUUGAAACCUUAGUUAUUCACGGAUGCGAAAACCAUUCUAGUGGCGCCGUUGUAGACGACCACCACCACCACAUAUCCGAAAUGUGCGAUCGAUCGCGUCGGCGACGCGUCGGCCAUCUCACUCAUUUGGGUGGGUGGUUGGCUUACGAUUUGCACACGAGUGGUAGAGGGCAACCUCCGACCGACCCACCGGACGCGGCCGUUUGGCCCUCCGCAAAUGAAAUCGUCCCCCGUCUGCUGUUGUCUGUCUCAGGCUGCGUGUCGCCGCUAGUUGUGUCGAUACGUUCGAUAAGACCGACUCGACAUCGUCGGUAGGGACGACGACGACGCUGUCGUCUUUCACGCCACCUCCGAAGGACCACUCAUGGUCUCCUACCUUGCUAGUUUCGCUUCCUGCGUUUUUGUGGUUCUCAUUAGACUUUAUUGUGCUCAGCGUCGUUGAUUCAGUCCGCAGUGAAGAAAACCAAAAUCAAGUAACGCAAGGAAGGUUAUUUCAACUGAAUCUUCAAGUCCUAUCUGCAGUUAUUCCACUAAUGUAGUCUUUAUUUUAUCAAUAAUAUAUAAAUCCUAGAAAACCAGCAUUUAAAAAUUGUGAAUGGACGCCUGGAAACUCGUUUUAUUGAACUUUGUACGAGAAACCAGAAGUUUCAGACGUCUUUUGAAAAAAAAUCUUGACUAAAACUAGAAAUCUCGCUCACAAAAAUUCAGAUCAGAUCUUGAUUAAAACUAGAAACUUCGCUCACAAAAAACUUUUGUAAAACAGCGCUCAACAGCUUUUCUUUGUGGUUUUCCUCUUAUCUUAAUCAUAAUCGAAGGUUUUUCUUUUGUUGUGCUGUUCAGUCCUUAUCUCCUCGAAAAAUAGUAAUUAGGGCUUUGAAACGAUCCAAAGGUCACCAACAUUAUUGCUUCUAUAGUCUUUUUUCUGAUUCCUGAAUGAGUUUUGUUCUGAGGAAUCUUAUGGAAAACACCGAAGUUUUCUCUUAGGUAAUAUUUUAAAGGAAUUAAUGAAAAUAAAUUCCACUUUUGAUACUUUAUUCUAUUUUAUGAAAAUUUUUUCGUAACAGUUUCUGGUCCAGUUUCUCUUCUUCUUCCUUUUUACUGGAUCACAUAAACGUGGCAAAUAACAAAAUGGAUUUCGGUUGAUUGAGGACGGCUGCGCACGCACCUGUCUUCUUGUACAUUUACCCGCUCAUCGUCCUUGCCCGAGUCAAUUUAUAAUGCCUCUAUGAGCCUUUUGUCGUUCAUCUUGACUUUGAAACAUGGGUCGUUCUCCGGUUCCUAUUUUCGAUUUGCCUUGAUAUUAGCGAAUUUGAGCUUUUUAAUGAAAUUUUACAGAUCUCAUGCUUACUUUUUCCAGCUCACUUUCUGAUCUUUGAAAAAUACGUUGGAAUGUUUUUUUUCGCAAAAGAAAAAAUAAAAACUUUUAUGACAUUUUGAUUAUCGUCGAAGGUUUUGUGUUUUCAAACAUUUUCACUUUGAACAGUGUGUUUGAUUGUUUUUAUCGUUCCAGAGCGAUUUCUCAUUCUUUUUGUAGCAUUUUUAUAAGUUUUUAUUUUUUUGAAUUUUUUCAUGGAUUUUCUAUAGUUUAUAUUUUUUUAAGAUUUCUGUCUAUUUUUCUAUCCAACACUCAAGAACUCGCGUCGUUAUUUUCGCUUCAAAAUCUGACAAAUUAAAUUUUCAUUACAGCUGAUGAUAAGAACUCCGUGAAGGGAGGAAAUGUGUGAUCCGAACACGCUGAUGCGGAUGUUCGCCGCUGCUGCGGCACAGCAACAGCUGGAGCAGCAGCGACCACCCGUCGCGCCCGCCGUCGCUCCGACGUCUUCAGCGACGGCAAAUGCCAUGGCCACGGCGCAGUUCAACGCGUUGGCUGCAGCGGCGACCGCGGCAACUCGGGGCCCGCAGGCGAAUGGAGGAGUCACUCCGGAGAUGAUGCUCUGGCAGUCCAUGCUGCAGGUCCUUUUUUAACCUCUAUAAGAAAAAAGACCGAUAUAUUUUAAAUAAUUUUUUGUCAACGGAUGUUGUGGCAAAAAACAAUCUUUAGUCUAUUCUAUUUCCUUAUAUAUUUUGGUUCAUGAAAGGUCUAUUACAUGACUUUCCUUUUUCUUCGUGUUUUUAAUCAUUAAUCAUACAUCUUUUUUUGAUAUGGGAAAAUUCGAAAAGAGGAGUUGAUCAAGAAAAAAAUAAUAAAUCGGAAAAAGUCGCUGGUUUUUUUAUUUCAUACCACCAAUUCUUUAUUUUUUUCUUUGUGUACCUGUUCUUCUUUUCGUUUCAAGAUGUUUCUGGUUUUUACUACAACGCUGAUGCUAAAGAAAAAUUCCUUUUUUUUAAUUUUUAAAUCAAUAAUACUUCGAAGAAAUUAUAAAGCCCAGAAAAAUUCGUUUCAUAGAUAUUUCAAAAAAAUGCAAGGCUGAUUUCCAGGCCCAGCUCUUCCAGCAGUUGCAACAACAGCAACAGCAGCAGAUUCAACAGCGGCAAUUGCAAGAACAACAGCAACAACCGUCUUUCGACGACGUUCUACGGAAACUGAGCGAGCAAGCAAAAAACGGCACGAACGGUCACGUCAGGAUCGAUCCGAAAGCGGUGGCGACGCCAAAAAAGAAGCCGCAGCUGACCAAUGAGGCACAACUGGCGGCGAUACGCGUCGCUGCAGCCGCUGCUGCCUCCAACAACGGGCUGGAACCCGGGGAAGUCAGAAAGCCCAAGGAAAGGUGAGUCUGAAUCGAGAAAGGAUCAGGUAAGCCAUGUGUUGUCUUUACAGUGUCAAGCCAGCGGGAAAGACGAAUCCAGUGGCGCCGAACAAUGCGGUAAUGAGAUCGAUGCUCGACGCGGCCAUGUGGCAACUCCUAGCCGCCCAAGUCGUCCAGAAUGGUGUCCCGCCAGUCGUGGCUAAAAAACAGCCACCAGCUACUCCGACUAGAGCUAAUGGGUGUGUGGACACUCUCCUACAAAAUACGUGAAGUAAAUUACGGACAUAAAGUUACUUAUAGCCCAUUCCGCGCCAUCUUGUCUUUUUUUUUCUUUCCGGCAAACCGUGUACCAAAUUAAAUAGGAAUUAAGCAUCUUCGCUCUAAGAACUCUGUUUUUUGGUGUCCAAUAACUUAAUCACUUAAAUUGCGCAUUUUUUUGCGAUUGGAUGAUUCAAUUUCUAGAUAAAAAUUACUUUGAAAUUAAUCGUCUUUUUUAAUUUAUUCGGCAAUUUUGUUCUAAUCACUUCCUUUUUUGAAAUUCACUUAGGGUAAACGUCUUUUGCCUCGAAAUUUUUCAAAGAUAACAGAGAUAACAUAAAAAAAAUUGUAUCCGGAAUAUCUCAAAAUGCACUUGUAGAUCGACGAGAGCUAAAAAAUCGCUGCCAGCAGAACUUUCUGUCUCCACGACGCCUCUCGAAGGAUCUUCACGGGGUGGAAGCGUUACUCCGUCGGAAAAUGGACAUGAAGGCGUCGGGGCUGGCGGAGGAAGAAAUAAAAGACCGCCAGCGACAGAAGAACAAGCUCGUGUCGCUCUGGAGAAGGGGUUUGUUUCAAAUUUCAAACAUGAAAUGUGUUCUGAGAAGAUCAAUUGCAUAACAUAAUCAAAUAAAACAGAUUUCAUAUUUUUUUGAUAGCUUAAAGUACUUUUUUUUGUUUUCAUGUCGUAAUCACACAAUCUACGAUGUGAUAGUUUGUAUGGUAAAAUAAUUUCAAUUCGAGUUUUUUUUUUCCGAGCGAGAAAGUGAAUUGAACGCAUUUUUCUCAAGGUGGCGACGACAGACGUUUGUCCGGGUUAUAACGGCUUCAGGGAUCCGUGGCGACGUCUUCUAUUUUGCACCGUGUGGAAAGAAGCUCAACACAUAUGCGGAAGUUAUGCGGGUGAGUUGCUGAUUUCCACGAACUCAAUGAGUAUCUAUGAGCUUUCAAACUUCAUAACAUUUGCAGUAUCUGCUGAAAAACAACAUUCGUGACGUCACCAGAGACAACUUCUCGUUCAGUGGGAAGCUGGUUGUUGGCGAGUUCAUAGUCAAAAAAUCGAAAGACGACGGGGAUGAGCCUGAGAAAGUUGGAUUCUGAAAUGAAAAUAUGAACCGUUUAUGGAGUAAUUCAGGACUUUGUGCAAAUGACGGAGGAGGAAAUUCACGAAGAACUCGCGAAAUUCGUCAGCCAAAAGGUGCAGAAAGCCGCACAGCCGUCGCCCUCAGACUCGUCGACAGCGCCGGAAAAGGCGGAGACGUCGCGGAAGUCGCCGUCGCCUCCACCGACCGUCGUCGAGGAGAUUCUGGAGAACCUCAACGACGACAUGGAAGACGUCGGGCCCAGCACGAGCGGCCAUGAAGAGGAGGAGACCCGCAGCAACAGAGUGAUGACCAGAGAGCCGAUGGACGACUUGCUGGUCGCCGAGUUUAGGGUGAAUAAUAAUAAGGUGUUCUUAGAAGUUUCCAUUUCUUCCAGCCUCUCCCCGAACUGUCGCGAAUCGGCAACCAAUGCCUAGACUCCAAUGGCUUUGCCGACGCUCUGAUGGUCCACGAAUUUGUACAGAACUUUGCUCAUGUGUUGAAUAUCGGUUAUUCAUCAAUUAAAAAAAAAACGUGAAACUCUGUUCUUUUUUAGAUCUCGGAAAGGUUCCAAAAAUCGAGCAACUUUGCGCUGGUCUGGUUGGAGACGAAAGACAUCUGAGCUCCGUCCUUGAGCUCACUCGCAUCAUUUUUCGGCUCACAUUGGAGUUUCCUGGCUUGCCCAAUGGAAAACGGUAUUUUUUUCAAUUAUGAAAGAAUCAAAUUUUUAGAACUACGUUUCAAAUUGGAAUGAAAAUGAGACCAUGAUCUUUUCUUUUGUUUUACAGCGGGAAAACGGCGUUUGGGCAAGGCGUUGGUGAAAUCGGUUUGAACCGCAGCAAUUUCAGCGAAUUGAUGCGAAUCUUCCUGGCCAGCCGUGACUCUCAAGGCAAAACGGUUCGUUUGGCUUUUGUGAGACAAUUGAAGUUCAAGGAAUAAUUUCAGCUCUCACUCUUGCUCGACGAGUCGUCGUUUGAGUCACUUGGAGGCACGGAAAAAGCUUCUAUUCUCGCAUAUUUGUGCAACGAACUGCUGUGUUGCCAGAAUAUUGUCAAGGAAAUCGACGGAAAUCUUGAGGAGAUUUCGAGAUUGAAAGGAGAAAAGUGGAUGCGCGAGGGAAAGGUACCGUCUUAAACGUUUUCAGAAGCAAAUCAUUGAGAAUUGAUUGUUAGAAAAAAUUGUAGAAUUUCAAAUUUUCAGGCUCGCACCUUGAGAGCAGUGCAGAAGAAAAAGAGGAAGCUGACGGCAAAAGAAGAAGACGAAGAAAAGCAAAACUACGGCGGUGGUGCUAGCGACAGUGACAAUUCGAGGCCUUCGAGUCCAGCCAAUCAGAAAAAGUUCACUCCUGGCCUAGGUCAAUGCGAAGUUUUGACUCAACAGGUUUGUCAAAAGCCUAGAAUAUUACGAAAAGCUUCUUUUGUCCAGGAAGAAGACCUGACAAUCGAAGAAAUGGAGAGCCUGAUCUCGGAACUCGGCGUGGAGGCCAACCAGCUCCGAGGCAAGAUCCAUGACGUUUCUGUUCGCGUUCGCUCGUUUCCCUUUGGUUGGGACCGAUACCAUAGGCAUGAACAGAAUUUGAGCCAUUCUGAUGAACUGAAUCUUUCCAGGCAGUACUGGCUCUUGGCUCACACUGACAUGGUGAUGGUGGAGUCGAUCGAAAGUGCAGGACCCCACAAUCCGGCGUGCAACGCCCCGGAAAUCUGUGCCAAGGAUCCACUGAGUUUCUCAGGUUUUCCUCGAGCUUUCAGAACUUUUCUGAGGAUAGUGAUUAAGCUGGUGAUGAUUUUAUCGAUCCGGAUGUGAUUGGAUGCGUGGAGGACCUGGUCGACGAGGUCAUUUUGACUCGAGCCAAUGCGGACAAGAAGACGAGACGACGGUACAGAAGGAUCGACAACGCGUUCAAGAGAGGAUGGUGGUCGAUCAGCAGCAUGUAAGGGACUUUUCUUAUUCAACGCGAGGGAGAAUCGACUCAAAAACAACUAAUUUAGAAAAUUUGCACCCGAUUCUUUCAGGAACUGCUCCUUUUUUACAUGAUGAUGAAAGGUUUCGAUGUAAUUCUUUGGAUUUCAGGGAAGCCUUGGAGCACUUGAAAACUUCGUUACACGGACGGGGUAUUCGCGAAAGAUGCCUUCAUCGGCUUCUCUGCAAAAAUUGGUUUUUGAGUGACCUGAAGUUUGGAACAAGUUUGAAAAAUGAAAUGUUUCUCAAUAUUUUUUUUCAAUUUACAGUGAGCUUGGAGCCUGUCACGUCGACUGCAACGCGAGACGUUAUUGAUAAACGGGAUCGGUCUAGAAUCGCGAAAAUGGUUGAGAGACUGCGUCGUCGGAUCGUGCAUUCGAGCGUCGCGCGACCUGCGAAUUCGAUCGCAGCGACGAUAUCGGCGACGUCGCGAUCUGAAGGCUUCGGUCCGCCGCCGACCACCACCACCACGGAAGACGUCGAUUGGGCUUUCGAAGACGUCCAAGACGCUGAAGACGUUGCUGACGACGAGCUGCGGUCAAGGAUCUUGCAGACAGAGAUGAUGGUCGAGCCGCGGUUCUUCAGAUUCGCGUUUAGAGAUUGGUAAGUCACGGCGCACCCUUUUGGAAUGGAUGAUGGAAAAAAAAAUUAAAGAAAGAAAAAAUGAUUAGGUUGUUCAUUUUCUUCUAUGAGUGGCUGUAGCGAAGUAGUUCUUCUUCUUCCAAGCAAUAGAAUAUUUUUUCAGCACGACUGUGAAAGUCGAAGGAAGUGCGGAACCUCAACCGGUGGAGUGCAAAAUUGACGACUGUGCUAGCGAAAAGUCGUUGGUUAUUGACGAAGAAACGAUGGAAGUUGAUGAAAAACCGACGUCUGCUUCGUUUUGUGGUUAUGCUGUGCCUCUUUCUCAAAAGUGGAAGGAUUUCGUCACACAUGAAGCAAGAACCAAUGCUCAGCUCGUGACGGCUCUUCAGGUACAAUCAAAAGAGAGUAACCGGAGAGAAUGAGCUAUUUUGAAGAUGCUGGAGUCGUCGAUCGCUUGGGAGCGGUCUUCCAGAGAGGCCCUUUGUCAGAUUUGCAAGUCACCCGAUGGCGAUGAAAUGCUCCUCUGCGAUGGCUGCGAAACUGGAUUCCAUAUGGAGUGCUUCAAGGUAUCGCAAACUUGACAUGAAUAACUAUUUUUGUAAAAUUCAUAUCAGCAUAUCAAGAUAAUAUCAAGAUUUUCAUUCAAUUUAUUCGAAAUUAAAAAAAACAUUUUUCUUAUCUGAUUUUUAAGUUUUCAUUCCGAUAACUAUAUCAUUCAUGGUAGUCCUUUUGGAUUGGCUUGCUUCGCCUCAAGAGUGCAAAAAAAAAACAAUCUGGCAACUUGGAGCGAAAUUUUACGGCAUAUUUUCCAGCCGCCGAUGACGGCAGUGCCAGAAGGCGAUUGGUUUUGUUCAUUGUGCCUCGAAGAACGGACCGGCCACAAGUUCUGUGUCCUUUGCUCCAACGAUGCUCCGCCGUUGACGUCCUGCCAACAUUGCUUUAACUCGUUCCAUUUGGAUUGCACUGAAGAUCAGUUGGAUGGACCCCAAUAUGUCUGCACACAUUGUCUUGAUGUUAAGGUCAGCUUUUAAUUAUCUUUUCCCGAAAGGCUCAUCGAAAUCAUUAAAUUUCAAUUUUUAGACUCAAAACUUUGAGCGGAAAGUGAUCAUCCGCGGAGAGAGUGAAGAAAGAAUGGAUCCUGAAGAGAAUGGCGAUUUGGAUGGCAAGUUGGGCAAUGAUAAGAGAGCCGUGAAACGUAAGGCCGGAGAAUCGGCGCCUUUGGUCCUGCCCAUUGAGAUGAACGUCGAACUUUGCCGGUUUGUUUUGAAAAGAGGAAAAAAAAUUCGCUCCCUAAUUAACAAAAAAUUCUUUCGAUAGAAGCAUCAGGACUUCAGAAGUUUCUCUAGGAAAAAUUUCGAAAUUUUAGAGAAAACUCGAGGUUUUUUUUCAGAACGAUGCUUGACGAAAUUGAGCAACAGCCGGACUCUGCUCCUUUCAUGGAACCCGUCAAUUUCAAAGCGGUCCCCAGCUACCGAGAAGUCAUAUCGAAUCCGAUUGAUCUAAGUACGAUUCGCGACCGCGUCGACGCUAGAUUGUAAGCUUCAAACCAUGAUGGAUUCAAUUGAAAAAUCGGCUCUUUCUAGUUAUGACUUACCUGAAGACUUCGCCGCGGACAUGGAGCUUCUCUUUAGGAAUUGCAAGACAUUCAAUGAAGAUGAUUCACCGGUUGGAUUAGCUGGUUAGUUUUUAAAAUUAUUCGAGAAGCACGGAAAAUUUCCGCAUCAAUAGGCGAGUUAUGAAAUAUGAAGAGGUUCGAAAAAAUUCUGUAAUUGUCAAUAAAAUGUUUCCCCUGGUUAACGCAAACUGGCAGUGUCUCGGAGAUUUCUGAGAUUGGUGGUUCCAAACUACAGCUCGAAAUGGGCGGCCCCAUUUUCCAAUUCAAAAUUGGCACGCCUAAAUUUAUGAAAACUAAAUUGGUAGUCCGAAAUGUAAUGAAAUCAUAAUAGGUAGUCUCAACUCUAUCAAACCUAAAUUUGGCAGUCCCGAAUUUUUUUCAACUCAAAAUUGACCAUCCAUUUCGCAAUUUUUUUUUUGGACUUUUAUUUUUUUUUUUCCAAUAUCACUAAAAAGAACUCUUUCGAGCUAAUAACUGAAUUAGCUCAGCUUUGUAUAUAACUUUGUUUUCAGGUAUCAAUUUGAGCAAAUUCUAUCACAAGCGCUGGCGUCAGGUCAAGUACAACUUCAGCAAACGUCUCAAACGAAUGAGACAUUAACUAUUCAUAAUUAUUGUACUUAUUUAUAAAUUCUGUUUUGGUUGUGAUAAUUUAUUCAUCAAUUUUCAUUCAGUCUCGAAAAGACAAAAAACUCUCAUAUUUUUUGUAGAACCCAAUUUUACGUGUACAUAAAUGUAAAGCAACCCAGCCGGAAACGUGUCCUCAGAAAUACCACACAGGAAUUCACAACUUUAUGGAAUCUCGCAUGAAAACCAAGCUUUUCCUCUUUUUUUUCCAAUAGUCUUGGAAAGUUUUUCUUAAAGUUUUCAUUUUUACUUUAGCUUUUCUAAAUUUUCUAAGUUUUCUGUAACCCUUCUCUCUUACCGUGUGAUUUUGAUUAUUUUCUCAAUGACACGAAUGUUUACUUAUUUAUUUAUUUUUUCUAAAUAAAAUAACCAUUGGUUUUUCUCAAUCUUUUUGUCUAGUGAGGAUUGGCCUUGCAAUUCAUUGUUUUUCAAAGAAAAUUUCCAGCUCAGUUCAAGAAAAAAGUGUGAAGGACGAGUAUGAUAGCAUCGAGAAAGGCAACACGGCGGCGUAAAACAAAAAUGGUCCAAGGUAUGGUAAUUAAUUAGCUUUUAGGAGAUAAAAAUCUACUUUGCCUCCAUGGGUAUAUGCAAAGACUCAUUAAUUACCGAGAACUGUCGCCGUUGUUCUUUUUUCAUUUUUUUAGUCGAGGUUUUGAAGUAGCUUCUGUUGAUUUUGAAAGAUAUUAUCACUUUUAAGAUUUUUCAUGGAAAAUUUAUCGUCUAGAUGAACUCUUUUUCUCGGAAAUUUGAUUCGCUCUAUAUUUAGAAAGCGAAAAAAAAAUUUCAACAAACAUAGCCGAUAUUUUUCUUCUUGGCGCAUUCUUAUCUAGGAUUCACUUUUUCGUCAUUCAUUUUUAUUGCUUUCUCUCAGGCUCACAACACUUUAAUGGUUUGGCUCGAGUCAUUCUUCUGAGCAUCAGUGAACGGUCAGUGAUAAGCAAAAUGAUAGCAUAUUCGAUUCACAGCCGUCGUGACAUUCCAAGUACCGGUGAAUUUCUUGAAAAAAAAGGGUCUGGCAACAUUUUGAGAGCUCAUAAGUAAUCUGAAAAAUUUGAUGAUAGAUGGUAGGCUCCUUCUCAGGCUUUGUGAGGUAUUUUAAUUGAAAGUAUAGUCGAGAUCGGCUUUUUAUACUCAGUUCGUUGGCACUUGUUCACGAGAGUUGUAGGUGAUUGCGGAGCCUGCCUUUUUUACAAAAUAUUACGUUAGCCGAGGUCCUAACAGUUUCAUAGAGAGGUUUCACAUGAUAUUGAAAACGUUUAAUCUUGAGUAAAAAAAAACAAUGAGCAUUUUUAGUUAUUUUAGGCUUUCAAGGUAAGAAAAAUUUUAAACAGUGUGUCUCUCGAAUGUGUCGAAGAAAAAUUGCGGCGAAAAGUCAACCUGAACUGUCGUCAAAUAAAAAGAUUUAGCUGAACCCAGUAGUUUGGCCGGGUGCGAAGAAUUGUGUUUGUAUUGGAUCGGCAGAUUCUUUCUCGCUCUUUUUUCUGACUCAAAAUUUUCCUCUUGAGACCAACGACGUCAUUAGACUUGCUGCGUUUCAGUGGGCGGUCCCUUCUGUCUUUGAUCUCCAUUUUCUUUUUCUUUUUUAGUUCGCGCCCGUAUUUUAACGCUAUGCUCUAUCAUAAAGUUCUUUAUUUUAUGUUUCUUCGCAUUUUUUAUGUUUCUCAGUUUUUAGCCAACCUUAAAAUUUCAUAAAGAUAAAAUUUUUUGCCCCAAUAAUGUUCGGUUCAUUUUCUAUCUUCCAAAGUUUGGAUAUACGAUAAAUUUAGUUCGAAUUUUUUUCAGUCGUCAAGACAAUAAACUCGCAAACGUUGUUGAAUUUGGCUAUUUUUCCGUAAAAAAAUGUUUUUUAUUGCGUGUGUUGUAUUCGGAAUUAAAUUCAUGUGUGGAACUAACUUUUUAAUUUAAAGUCCAUUUUUUUCUUAAAUUUCUUACACGCUUUUAUAAUCGUUUUUUUCCAUUCAAAUUUGAACAAAUUAAUAGAAAGAACGUAUAAAAAUUAUGCAAAAUUCAGCUCCAGUUUGGUUCUUCUAAAAGGAACAAGGGUGGCCAUUUUGUGGGUCCAUGAAACUCCAAGACACGUUACCUGUGUGUUAUCUUCAUUAACAAAAGAAAACUUUUAUCGUCGCCCAAUUUACGGCCAUUCUUCUGGUUUUUUAUUGGCAAAAUGAUGAUUUUCUCUUCACGAUAAAAAGAUUGAAAGUCGUGAUAAAGCUGAAAAAAAUGGUGGCGCUACUUUGGCAAAACGUUUGAUGACUAAAGUCGAUACUUUUUUUUAUUUUUCUUGAGCUGCUAUUAAAUUUUUUGCAAUUAAAAAAAAUGGACUGGUUUCAAUUGAUAAGGAACGCUUUUUUUUGCCCUCUAUCUUUUAAUAAUUUCGAGAGUUUCUAAAACUUCUUUUGACUUAUGGAAACAAGGAUUUUGAUGUUCAUUUUUGAACAAAUUGUUCAAAAACUCAUUUUUUCAGAAUUGAGAAUUUUUUAUAAUUUCAGUUUAAUUUAGCGCAUUUAUAUAAGAAAUUUCUGCAGGGCGGAACGAAAAUGAUGUCUAAAAAUACUUUCAUUUUUUUUGCGGCCUCCUUAGAGAUUUGAUUGAGUACUGUUAUUUUUGUCACCUACCCGACUGGAACUGUUUUCUUAUCGUCAAAUCAAAAGAAAAAUGUCGUCCUUGGUUUUGUACCAUCGUUAAAACUAGUUAUUCGUUGGACUUUUGGUCUCUGCCAAUGGUUUAUACAACAAAAAACAGACAAGGGCUUAUCAACGUCAAUUUUUUUCUUCGGCUGAAAGUAUCAAAAGCUUAAAGGAGAUUUUUUAUACUUGUUGUUCUAUGAAAUUCAAAAAAUUUUUGGGUUGAUUUGAAAAAAUUAGUUCCCUAUGUUAAGCGUAUUUUAAUGCGCAACUUUUUUUAAAAAUGAUAUUUAUCGCUGAUUUCGAAGCUCUACUAUAAAUCAUAAUUUUUUCCAGCUUCGGGUUUAAUGGGCUGACUUUCUUCCUAGACUGAUCGGAACUUCAUGGAGUUUACUUUCCACUUAUCAUUUUUUUUUUUCGGCACUCGCAGAAGCACCGAAACGGAUAUAUGUCGUAUAUAGUUGAAAGUCCAUAACUUUCACGUAGAAAUAAGACAAAUUCCAAAUUACAAAACUCAUUUUUAAAAUUUUUUCUUUAAAAAUUUAUUGCGACAAGCUCCUCUCUAUUUUAAAGUUGUAAAAGUUCAGAGUUCACUUUCUAUCUUUCUUUUUUAUUUUAUCUCACCAAGUCCUUAAAGGUGACUUGAUUGAUUUCCUCCGCUCCGACCCGACCACGUGCACACGCUCUUUUUGGAUGUUUUUGCCCUCCUCCCACUCUUUUCCCAGGCUUUUUCUUUUCACUCCAUUUUCCUCGCACGCGUGUUUCUUUUUUCUUUUUCUUUUCUUGUUUUCCUGCGGCAGAAUAUCUGUUUAGUUCUUUUUGGACUUUUUUUGAGCUUUUUAAAAUAAAAACUCUUACAGGUUUUAGAUGCCAGGCGCUUAAAAAGAAAAUCACAGGCUUUAUUUUUUUGAAUCAUACAUAUUUUUCAAGAUAAUUUUUUUAGGUCGAAACGUUUUAUAUCGUAAAAAUCAACUGUAGAAAUCAUGUAGGUCAGGAAUUUUUUUGGCAAGAAUUAGUUAGGAUCGAAGAGCAAUUUUCGAUUUUCUGGGAAUUUUCGUAAUUUCAAAAAAAAAAAGAGAAAGUUUUCAGGCUUCAUUUUUGAGUUGAAGAGAACAAAAUCUUGGAUUUUUGAGAAAUAUUUGUUAAUACAGCAAUGAUUUUUUUAUCCGGCUUCUGGGAAAUAUUUUUGAUGUUCAAGUUAAAGUUCAUAAGAUCAAAAAAACUUUCGGAGUACAGCUUCAAAUUAUAAAAUUGAGUCAUACGCUUUCUUUUUGAUGGAAAACCUCGUGAUUCCGAUACAAAUAAGAUAAUUGCGAUGCACUCUUCCUUCGAUUUAUAGUAUCUCCUUCUCUUAUUUUCCAGGGGAAAAUGAACGGAUCCUUGCCCAACGGUAAUGUUAACGGCGUCGUCCACAACCACGACGAACUUCGACCCACCAACAAGUAUUUGGAAAGCGCCGAAGAGGACUUCCUAUAUCACUUCGGCUUUGGUGUUAAAACCAUUGAUAUUCCCGCACUUUUCGGCGACACCAAGGUUUUUCCAUUUUCUUUGUGAAGGCUCAUAGUGGAGGUUUAUCGUCGGAAUGUUUUUAUGGACCUACUUGCUGGGAAAUUCGAAAAAUAUUGUUGGAAAUUUUUUAUUCUGAAUGAACCAGCUAAUGAAUGAAUUUGCGCGUCGUUAUCGUUCUUUCAUUCUUAAUCAAUUAGUUUUAAGUAUGUAGGACAUAAAGAGUUAUAGCCUCACGAAAAAAGGCGAAAUUUAAGUUAAUUGUGGAGUUUAUAAAUUGCUUUCAAAUAAAAAAUGAUUUUCUUCACAGUCUACUUUCUCGAUCAAUCGUACUCAUUGUCAAAUUGGGAUUGAAUACAAAAAAGUUUUCGAUCAUCGAGAAUGUCUGAAAACGCGCAAGCCAGGUUGGAUUAAUAAGACCUAAACUUCCGAAAUCUUGAAACAAACCCAAGGAGAACAGAAAAAUGAUUUCACGGAAUUAAAAAAAAUAUAUUUUUAAUACGUUAAUUUGAUGACUUUCAGUUUGUUUGCACCGGUGGAUCUCCUGGCCGGUUCAAGCUCUACGCCGAAUGGUUUUCUAAGGAGUCAGGGCUUCCUUGCAGUGAGAACCUGUCGAAAAGCGACCGAUUCGUGAUCUACAAGACUGGCCAAGUGUGCUGGAUCAAUGUAGGUGAACGAGUUUCAGCUUCUGAAUUUUUAAGAAAAAUGUGUAAAAGGUAGUUUUUUUCAGCACGGAAUGGGAACGCCUUCCUUGAGCAUCAUGCUGGUUGAAACCCUCAAAUUGAUGCAUCACGCCAAAGCCAAAGACGUCAAGUGAGAUUUUUGGAAUGGCCUUGAGAAAUUCCACUUUCAAGCCCUUUGAUGUACUAAUUUUCGACCUUCUUCAGGUUCAUCCGCUUGGGAACUUCUGGCGGCGUCGGCGUUGAGCCAGGAACCGUCGUCGUCUCCACUGGCGCCGUCAACGCCGAGCUCACCGACAAGUACAUCCAAGUCAUCGCCGGCAAACGGAUCGAAAGGGACACCUACCUCGACGAGACGCUGCGCCUCAAGUUGCUCGGAAUCGGCAAGGAGAUGAACAUCCCCGUCGAGCAGGGCAAAACUCUUUGUGCUGAUGAUUUCUAUGAAGGUGAGGGAUGUGAGGGUGUAGAGUUAGACCGAAUGUCUCUUUUUUUUAAAUGCUUUUCUAAAAAGACUAUUCACUUUAAGUUUUAGUUGCAGUUUGUUUAAGUUUUUUUUGGGGUUUUUUUGCUCUAUGACGCGAGAGUUUCGUGUUGUUUUUAUAUGUUUCUUUGAAGACUGCCGUUAUGUCCUUGUCAAAAAACUUUUGUUCCAUGCGAUCCUCAGCGUCUCGUGACACUUUUUCCCACUUGCGCAAGUCGUUUUGUAGUCGGACGGACUUAAAGGGUUAUAAACGCUUUGUAGCCUUGACGUAAGCUAUCUCACAGUUUUGAAAGUGGUGGAGAAUUUUCUUUCUUAAAUUCUGGUAGAACUAUAUUUAUAGCUCUGGAUCUCAUGACAGCCUAUGAAUGAUGUGGUCAAGUGUAAAUCGGUGAAAUACUUGACACCCCCUUCAGAAGGCUCUUGAUUUCUGAAUUUUGCGAAAACUAGUGAUUUUCCUAUAAGCUUGGAAAUCAGCUAUUUUUCUAUUCAGGCCAAAUGCGGCUGGACGGAUUUUUCUGUGACUACAAGCCCGAGGAGAAAUUCGCCUUUUUGAACCAGCUCUAUACCUUGGGAGUCCGGAACAUCGAAAUGGAGAGCACCUGCUUCGCUUCGAUGACGUAUCGCGCUGGUGUUCAGGGUAUAUUAGUCACGAAAAAAGUUUUCUUCAUGAUUGUCAGGGAAAAAAUGAAACUUUUAACGCGGAGUUUUGUUUUAUUGAAAGCCCAAGAAUUGAUUUUUCGAUUGAAACAAAAUUUGACAAAUUCAAAAAUUUCUGAAUCCAUGAACGGUGAACGCUUUUAUGAACUCUUGGGCUUCUCAUAAUUCAGUAAUUCAGUAAAACUUUCAGCCGCGAUCGUCUGUGUGACGCUGCUGAAUCGGAUGAACGGCGACCAAGUGAAAAUCGAGAAGGAGCAGUACAUUGAGUACGAGCAACGCCCAUUCCGACUUGUUACCGCCCUAAUCCGCCGCGAGCUCGGCAUCUGA